AUGGAGGCCGGUGCCGAGCGGGUUUCCAGUCAGGCGGCGGCCGAGGGCGGCGCAGAGGAGGCGGCAGCGCCCGGCGACGGCAGCGGGCCUGGGGGCGGCGAGAGAUACACGGGACAGUUCUACAUGGACCAUCGCCAUGGGAAAGGGAUAUGCUACUGGCCUGAUGGUUCCAAAUUCAUUGGAGCAUUUUAUCUCAGCCACGUAGAAGGCUAUGGGACUCGGGAAUGGAAGGACGGCAGAAAAUUUCAGGUUACUUCCCACAACGAUAUUGUCAAUCUUCUUCUCGAUAGUGGAGCUGAUGUGAAUAAGUGUAGUGAUGAAGGAUUAUCUGCUCUCUCCAUGUGCUUUAUUCUGUAUUAUCCAGCAGAAUCUUUUAAGGGUAAUAUUGCUGAGAGGAACCUGCACAGCUGCAAGCUGCACCUGGGAGUCAUCUUAGUUCACCAUCAUUUAGAGGUUUUUUGCAAGAUGCUAAUGAGUGAUUCUGGUAUUUUCCAUGUCAACUUUAGACAGCAGAAGAGAUGGGCAACAAUCCAGCUGCUGCUUCACCGAGGUGCAGAUCCCAAUGCAUGCUGGAUACCAGCACCCCUUCUCUUCCUUGCCGUUAAAGCUGCAGAUGCAGAAGCAGUGAAACUCCUCUUAGAAAGGGGAGCCAGGACUGAUGUGCGGCUUCCAUCCAAGUUUGGGGGUCUAACCCCUCUCCACAUAGCUGUAUCUAUUCCUGGGGAGGAAGGAGUCCAGAUAACACAGUACCUCCUGCAUUCUGCACCAGAUCUUGAUGCAAGGGCAGAAGAUGGAAAUGAGGUAUAUGGUCCAGACCAGGUUCCUCUGCCUCAAACCAGAGAAACCCAGUUGUCCCGUGGUGUCACUGUGCACCUGAAGAAUGAAGCAGGACCACCAAAAGGGUACUUCUCCUCCUAUUUUGGUCCUGUUCCAGAAGAAGGUGGAAGGAGUGCAUUGCAUAUUGCAUGCGAAAGAGAGGAUAACUGUGAGCAUGCCAGAGAUGUUAUCCGCCUCCUUUUAAUGCAUAAGGCAAAUCCAAACACACUGUGGAGUGGCCAUUCACCACUUUCCUUAGCAAUCGCCAGUGGGAAUGAUUUGGCAGUGGUCGAACUCCUCAAACAUGGGGCUGAUCCAAAUCUGCCAUUAAGCAGAGCAGUAAGAAGUGCCCUCUGUACAGCUGUCAGUACCACAUAUGAACAGAAGAGAACAAAAGCACAGAGGAUUGCUUUGGUUGAUAAGCUGCUUGAAGCUGGCGCGGAUAUCCUUGCACCAGUUACUCUUAGGGAAGGACAGCAAAAAGCAGUGGGAACAGCUGUCGACUAUGCCUAUUUUGAAUAUUUGCAGGAUAGGAGAAUUGCUCACACACCAUACGAUGUACUGACAGCAUCUGAGCGGGAGAUUUUUCAAAAACGGCAAUCACUGAUGGAACACAUUACUGGGAAGCUCCGUGAGCGUGUCAUCCUGAAAGAGAAAGAAUGGAAUCAGGAAGAGCUGCGAAGAUCCAAGAAAUUGGAUUCAAAUAUUCGUACAUCUGCUUCAAAGAAGAAAUCGGGGAGCCAUCAUGCGAAAGAAGUGAGGACACCGUUUUUUAAAUACUGCUAUCAGUGCGGACGUUCUGUUGGUGUUCAGCUGACAUCUUGCAUUCAUUGCCAUGAAAUCUUCACUUGCAGUGAAGCUUGCAGAAGGAAAUCCUGGAAGGAGCGGCAUAGGCAUGAGUGUUCGGGAUUGCUGGUCAGUUUCAAGAGAGAAGAAUCUUUCAGGUGAGCACAGAACAAAAGGAAGAUGCUCCUGAAGACUAAUGUUCAUUACUGAAAUCAUAAAUAUACAACUUUCCAAGCUGAAGAACCUCAAUACAUCUAACAAGCUAGGAGGAACGGGGCUUUCAGUACAAACUUUACCUCUAUCUGCAUAUUAGAAUAGAAAUCUACGAGAUUUCUGACCUUUGUGCAUUGAAUCAUUGAUACCACCCUACUGUGGUUCAGGUAAACUGCAGCAUUUGUCAUUGACAAAAAAAAGGACAUUAUACACGUUAUACACAUGCACACACUACACAGCAGUAGAAGACUGGCAUAGUGGAUUUAUACAAGAAAUUAAAGUGCUGUCACCAUAUGAGAUGCUCGCAUAUGAGCCACAAUGAGGAAUCUGAAAUGUGAAGAUAAAUAAGGAACUGCUGCCAUUCUGAGGCUGAUCUGUCUUUUAGUGGCUGUCCAGCCACUAAAAAGUCGGUCCAGGAUGGGUCUUUUAAAUCUGGGUACUUGUAAAACCUGUGAAGGGAGUGAGGCCUGUCCAACUGGAGAUGAUUUAUAUGAAGCAUACAUGCUUAUCCGUAUGGGUUCUAAACAUCUUCUAGCGGUUUUCCCAAGAUAAGAUAUCAGUGGUGUACUUCCCAGAUUAUAUGGGAAUAAAUGAAACUGUUCUUAAUAACGGGAGAUUUCCCUUGCACCUUAAUCAAGUGCUUUUUCUUCUUCCUGUUCCUUUCAUAAAGUUUUGUUACACUCCUGCAUAUAAUUAAAGCUUUUGAGUUUCACUCUUUUCUGGAAGCUACCUUUCACCCACUUACACACUUCUGCUUUUACAGCAUUUGAUGUAUGAGAACUGCAACACGUGUAUACAGAACACUCUGUUUUUACUACUAUUUUUUCAUAUGUUUGGGAUGGAAAUGGGAACAGACUUAGAAAGGGAAGUCCUGAAGACUGUGAAUCGGAACCACUAGAAAACAAUAAAAAUGAUCUGGGGGAAUGGUAGAGGCUUCUGGAAAAACGGCACGGUGCAUGCCACAGAAGGGUAACCAACCAGCUUGAGUUCGGUCAGACUCUGUCUUUAAGCACACAGUGUGUUGCUGACUGUCCUGCACCCUGACAGGCAUGCUGACUUCUCUAAGCAACCAUCAUGGGCCAGUCAAAGCAGGACACUGGAAUGGAGACAAAGUAGCAGCUACUCCACUCAGCUUAAUUUUUGCAUCAUCCUCAAAGUGAUAGAGAAGAAUAAUGAAGUGAUAAUAAAAAAACAUGUUCGGAGCAGAAUGUGCCUUGAUAGAUGCUGCAGAAGCAGCAAAUAAAGCUGAAGGGCACAGGUCAGAUCUGAUAAAUUAUAGCCCAACCCACAGACAGCAGAGAUUUUACCACUUUAAUGGCAAUAUAUUGCUUAUUUAUGUUAAAAGAUUUGACUUGAGAAAAGAUUAGGAAUUUUCCUAAAAUAUGAAAGGAUCAGAUAUCUGAUAAAACUCCUAGACCAAUGAGGCAUUUGAGCUUGUUUGACUAAUGAAAUCAAUAUAUACAUACCUUCCAGUGAAAAUGUCUUUGCUCACAAGGUGUUCCUUAGUCAAAUUGUUUUCAAUGGUUAAUCCAUUCUGGAACUACUGACAGAUGAAAGAAUCCUUGAUGUGUGUAUUUCAAGUCAUGCUAUUUAUUUUCUUGAAACCAAAAUGAAAGACUGAGCUUCUAAAGAUAGAGCCUGGCAGAAGCACUUACUGCUUAAAUGGCAUUGUCCUUCCCUUUUGCUUUUGAACAUCUGAGCAACUCAGUAGUUAGAGCUUGGGUGAGUGAGGUGUUGAGUCUUCACUGCUGAAUUGUGACUGUUAACAGCUGCCAUCCAUAUCUUCCUCUUCAAAACUCUUCCUGUUUUCUGGAGUUCUAGUUCCUCACUUUUGUUUACAUGAA